AAGCCGUUCUCUUCCUAUCGUUCUUCACAAAAAUACACUAUCCCCGCGGUUGCUUUCAUAACGACAUUGGCAUUUUCAUUUACUUUAUAACGUUUAAAAUAAACGUUAGGUUUUUGUUAUUGUUUCAACCCCAACCACUGGGUAACAUAGACUGGGUCACUGCUGGGUUAACUUUACAUUGUUGGGUUAUAUUUAGUAACAACCCAGCUUUUGGGUUAAAUAGUGUUCCCGCGGCGACGGUUCGAAUUUCAACGGUCGAGUGACAGUUAACGAUAUAUAUGAAUGUAAAAGAGAAAUGGAUUCCUAUGUGAAGGAAAGACUACAAGAGUGGAACCUCUGCCAUUUAAUUGAAACAUUUCAAGAGGAAGGAGUGGACAAGGAAAGCUUCAUGCUCCUGGACGACGCCAGCAUCGCCGCUCUAAUUCCAAGAAUUGGUUUCAGGGUUAAAUUCAAGAAAUAUCAUUCAGAACUUCUGGAAUCUCUGGGCCAUAGCCCUGUCAACAAUCAACCAUGUCCCAGUCAAUCGCCUGUGAGGAAUGACCCCGCGACCCCAGCACAGAUAAUACUGGAAAGCUGCCAAACAAGAUCAAGCAACUCAACCUUUGAUAUACGAGAAAUCCUGAGCAAUUCUGGAGGAUCGGCGUUAAUAUCGUCUUUAGACAGAGACGGGCACCUAAGCCUCAAGGACCGAUGUCAGAUGGUGCGGUUGUUGGUUUCUCAUUUGAUGGGAAGGUUUGGGGAAAACCCGACAGCUGAGAUCAAGAAGGAGAUGGCUUUGGCAAUAACUGCCCAGUUUCCUUGUCUGAAAAGCAAUGAGGGAUACGGAUAUGAGGUGUGGUAUACACCUUGUCGCUAUCGUCACCCUGCAACCGGGUAUCUAGAAGAACGACUCCGCAACGUGAGGAAACGUCUGAGGAAACAGCCAUCCCAGAAUUCAUCUUCCCAAACCAGUUUUCCACUGCCAGAGUCAGCGUUGUCUUCGACUGACAUUCACACAAUGCUUGAGUGGCUGAAGAACAAUAGAGGCCCUCACAGCCAAAUCAUGGAGCCCAUGGGACACGCAGCACCUCAUCGAGCCGCAUGGAUUCGAUCCCCUGGAUCGGAAACCAUAGAAGAAAUCAAUGCAGAAUAUCCCAAACUUCAUGAUUUUCCUGGAAUGUCUCUGGGGAAUAGCUCUAUCAACAAUCAAUCAUGUCCCGGUCAAUCAUCUGUGAGGAAUGACCCCGUGACCCCAGCACAGAUAAUACUGGAAAGCUGCCAAACAAGAUCAAGCAAUAGCUUUGAUAUACGAGAAAUCCUGAGCAAUUCUGGAGGAUCGGCGUUAAUAUCGUCUUUAGACAGAGACAGACACCUAAGCCUCAAGGAGCGACGUCAGAUGGUGCGGUUGUUGGUUUCUCAUUUGAUGGGAAGGUUUGGGGAAAACCCGACAGCUGAGAUCAAGAAGGAGAUGGCUUUGGCAAUAACUGCCCAGUUUCCUUGUCUGAAAAGCAAUGAGGGAUACGGAUAUGAGGUGUGGUAUACACCUUGUCGCUAUCGUCACCCUGCAACCGGGUAUCUAGAAGAACGACUCCGCAACGUGAGGAAACGUCUGAGAGGCCAGAGACAGCAAAGCAAUCCACAGCCAUCCCAGUAUUCCUCUUCCCGACCCAGUUUUCCACUGCCAGAGUCACAGUUAUCUUCAGAUGUCAUUCAAAAAAUGAUUGAGUGGCUGAAGAACAAUAGAAGCCCUCACAGUCAAGUUAUGGAGUUCAUGAGACACACAGCCCCUCAUCGAGCCGCAUGGAUUCGAUCACUUGGAACAAAAACCGUAGAAGAAAUCAAUGCAGAAUAUCCCAGACUUCACGACUCUCCUGGAAUGAUAUUACAGGACUUUGAAGUUGUAUUCCCUGACCAUGCUGACCGCCUUUAUGAAUUUUGGGCUCCUGUCUUCACUGACCGGAUUUUACUUUUCACAAAAAAAGAACCAAAGGCUUCUGACGUCCUUCCAGAAAAUCUGGAAGCACUGCCAAUAGAUGUUCGUGGAGAAAUUGCCUUGAAUUGCCUUCCUGUCAUCCUGCCGUCAUCGCCAUAUCGCACAAAUGAGAAAAUUGUGCGUCCAACAUAUGCGGAAAUGAAGCGCAGCUUCAUCGACAUUCAGCCCGUUGGAACUGAUAUGGUUCAUUACCUGGACAGCGAGACGAGCCCGGAUCCACAUGUGCUGGUGCUCGGGGACAAAGGGAACUUCUCCGAAGUGUUCGUCAUUUUCAACGGGGAGGCGAUCGAACAGGAGACUUUAGUUCAGGCUGUGGAUUUAUGUUUCAAAAUCUUUUAUGUCUACGCCAUAAACUAUCCAAAGCCGUCUGCUCCCAUUUGGGAGUUCUUGCAGUACGCCAUCUUUAAAAUCCCCGGAGGAGUGCCGUCAACACACUGCUGCCUCCUUAAGAACUUCGUUUUCAAUGUCACUGAUCAUCAGUAGUCCACAGAUGCGCUUGUAGAUUAGCACCAUGUGUUUAUAACCCCGUGCAGACACUCGCAAGACUUCAUCACCCGCUGGAGCCCCGCCGUCCUCAUCCUUCAUCUUUAGAAAUAUAGAAUGAACAACUUGUGAAUAACCAAAACAUAAUCAUGGGAAUUGUGGAUUUAUCUUUAAACAACAUUAAAUAAAUUAGCUUAAUGAUGUUCAUUCCUCAAUUGAAUUUUACUUAUCGUCAGUGUUGAAGAUCAAAAGCUUUCUGGAAAUCACAUUUGUAUGAAGAGAAAUAAUUGUUAUAAAAACUACAAAAUUGUUCUUUAUGAAACGGACCUUAUCUUUUAUAAAUACUGGGAGAUAUUUUAUUCUAAGGGUGUUAUGGUGCUAAAAGGAAAAUACUGUCUUGAAAAACUGUUAGUGUUACUGGUAAAAAUAUAAUAUUUGACAUGCAUAAACAAAUAAAUGAAUCAGAAUCCAUAUUAAGAUAAAAAACUGUUGCCAUAACACCCACACUUAUCCAAGACCGCACACAUUUAUACAUUACUGUCAAGGAAAUGAUUUACUUCGGGUAAUAUUUUAUUUGCUUGAUUACGUUUUCAAAAGCAUAUUAAUACAUACAUUUUGAAAGUCUCAGAAAUGAAAUAAAAUACUGUAUAAAAAAAUACUACAGGUCUAAAAAGUCAAAUGAAUUUGUAACGGUUGUUGCGUUUAGUUCGCUGUCAGUUUUCCCGUCCCUUCUAAAAGUAGGACAUGAAACACACACACACACACACACAAGACAAAAUGUGAUCGUUUCUGAGGGUGUGUCUGUGCAAAUAAACAUGUCAUUAUAGGCUGAGAAUAA